AUGUGUUUGUGCUUAGAAACGCCUCUCGCAGACGCUUACCGUCGACGUGUAGGAAGCUGCGCUGUCUCCUCAGGAGGAGACGGGGAUGGUGGCGCUGGCAAGGCUUCCUUUCUUGCAGCAGCUCGCGAGGCAGAGUUGGAAGGAAAAGUGGUGGCGAUGCUGGGAAGCUCACGCCGAUUGGAGCGGCAAGCGCAUGCAUGUGCGCACACGGACGGAGCUAGGCAGCAGCAGCAGAAAAAGCAGGAGCAGAAGCAGCAGGAGCAGAAGCAGAAGCAGCAGGAGACUUGGCAGCAGCAGAAGGCAGAAGGAAGGGACGCUUAGCAGCGGCAGCAAAAGCAGAAGCAGCAGCAGCAGAAGAAGCGGCAGCAGCAGCAGAAGCGGCAGAUGGAAGAGACACUUCAGCGGCAGCAGAAGCAGCAGAAGCAGCGGAAGCAGAAGGCUUCCUUAGCUGCUGCACCUGCUGCUGCAUCAGCUGCUGCAUCAGCUGCUGAAUUAGCUGCUGCAUCAGCUGCUUCCUUAGCUGCUGCAUCAGCUGCUGCAUCAGCUGCUGCAUCAGCUGCUGAAUUACAGCAGCAGUAGCAGCGGCAGCAGUAGCAGCAGCGGCAGCGAAAAUCAAAGCUUCAAGCACGUGCAGAAGACCAGAGAAAGAAACGUGGGAAACCGACUGGGCUAGGAGGAAGCAGCUUAUUGGAGUGCAAAGGAGGCGAGUCAGAGAAACGGGAAUUCCACGCAGGCUGUGGCGCAGAGAAGGGAGCUACAGAAAGCAGAGCGCCACGUAAGGACCAACCUCGGGCCAAACUUUACCUCCCAAACAACUCACACUGGUGGUCAAGAAUUGUUACCGUAGUUAGUAUGCAAUCGCUCUCCCUUCGUCUUCUGCUAGCAGGAGGCCCACACACAUCAGCGCUGCCACAAAAGAGUGAGCCCUCGCGCCGCUGCGGUCGUGCUGGAUUGCUCCCUCGUUCGUUUUGGGGUAGUGUGUGA